AUGGCGGCCGCGGGCAUCAUCCCCAACCACAUGGCCGCCGGUCCCGACGACCGCCGCGCCUACAUUGUCAUCGUCGCCGUCGUCGGCCUCGUCUGGAGCCUGCUCGUGCUGUGCAUCCGCGUCUUUAUCCGCCUCCGUCUCAGCGGGCCCUUUGGCGCCGACGACGCCGCCGCCUCCCUAGCCACCAUCAUUGCUGUCUGCCAGACGGCGACGGUGCUCUACGCUGUCCGCCAAGGCGUAGGCGUCCGCGACAACCCAGCCUAUCAUGACAGCGUAGACUCUGGGCUCAAGGCGUACUAUGCCAGCACAAUCAUGUACAUCAUGGCGCUCUGCCCGGCCAAGGCGUCCAUGUCGCUGCUGAUUUCGCGCGUCAGCCGACAAGCCGCCGACAAGCACCUUCUCGCCACGCGCAUCGCCACCAGCAUCAUCGUCCUUUGGGGUGUCGCCUCCGUCUUCAUUGUCGCGUUUCAAUGCGGCAGCACGCAGCCGUGGGACCUGGCCGCCCCCGGACACUGCACCGGUCUUUUCCCGCGCUGGCUCGCCAUUGAAGCCCUCAGCCUCGUCCUCGAGCUCCUCAUCGCCAGCCUCGCCUUCUCCCUCGUCCUCGGCCUUGACCUCGCCCUGCAAACCAAGCUCAUUGUCAUCCUCGCCUUUUCCGCCCAACUGCUCGUCGCUAUCCCCGUCGCCUACCGACUCGUCCUCCUCCGCGACGCCACCACCACCACGCACCGCGGACCCGUCCUCUUCAUCCUCGCCGACACCACCAUAGUCACCCAGGUCGUCAUGCACUUUUCCGUCAUAGCCGCCACGUUUCCCUGCUUUCGACAGUUCUUGCACGCCUUCAGCAACGACUUUGGGGCCACCACCAAGAUGGGCACCGACGAGGACCGCUCGGUGGACCGCAGCCACGGCCAGCGGAGCAACAGCAAUAGCUACGCCAUGUCGGUGCUGCGGGAGCAUUACCGUGGCAGUAUCCAGACGACAAGGCCGCAAGAUGUGGAAUCGGAGAUCGAGGUCGAGGAUGGCGUGCUUUUGCCUCGAGCGCCGCCCCGAGACCGAGUGCUGACGCCCGUCGACGACGGUCGAAGCCUGCAGAGCAUAGGCAGCGACCGUGCCAUUAUGCAGAACAAGCAAAAGAGAGCCCGAUGA